AUGAAGAAGGGAGAUUUUGUACUAAGCAGAUUUUUGGCAUGUGUUGCCUGGGCUUAUUCAACCGAGACAACCGUUCAUGUUAUUUCAAAAUUCUCACCAAACCGAUCCUCCAACAAAACACCAUCUCGCAUCGCGUAUCCUGAGGAUAAUCCUCAACAGGGCUUCAAAGAUCCAAAAUGGGGGUAUGAAGUAGAGCCAUACCAGCUGGAUUCCUCAUGGACAAAACUCCUGCUUUAUCCAGACCCUGGGAACCGUGAAUUGAAUGAUAUAAAGCGGGCUGGCUCGACCGAUGAGAUAUUUCACCUUCCUGAGGCCAAGAACGCAGAGGUUGUUGUGAGGCAACUUCUGAAGCUGCUCCACAAGCACGUCAUGAACCAUUUGCGUAGUAAGGUGGAUAUUACCUUGAACAAAAUAAGAAUAAAUUUCUAUUUUGGCUGCCCCGUAAUGUGGUCCGAAGACGAUAGGGAUUUAUUCAAAGAUCGUGUCCUCAAGAGAGCCGGGUUUGGAAAGCGGAUUUGUGAUAAAGUAUUCACAGUCCCAGAACCCAGCGCAGCGGCUAAAGUUGUGUUCAAGGAGCAUAGGCCUCACUUCAAGGGCUUUACUAGUUAUUUCGUCGCCAGCAUAGAUCCCUUCAAUAUCCGUAGCAUUAGCGACCUAAGAGGCUAUGAAUGUGGCGGAACAGAAAUUGAUAAGAAAUUCUACUCGAUGUUAUCAGAAGCCAUUGGUGGUGAUCGGGAGUCAUUGCCCUCCUCGUUCAAAGGACAAAGAAGUGAGCUUAUGGAGAUUUUUGAAGACGUGAAGACCAAAUUUGACGGAACCACCACGAGCCAGGUAGUUGAGGAGCUUGAGACUCACAUCAAGGGUUUACUCGAAAGAAUUACUGAUGAUGCCAUUCUUCCACCCAACACCAUCCGUGAUCUCUUUCAACCCAAAAUGUCUCAACUGACGGAAGUUCAGAAAAUCGUCCUUAUAGGGGGGCUCAGCUCAUCCCCUUAUGUCCAGCAGAUGCUGUCGGACUCCUUCAAUAUGACCAAGCUAGAGUUUGUCACGCCAUCGGAUCCUGAGUUGGCUGUGGCGCGCGGACUUGUUCAUUAUGGGUUGGAACAAGGUCCCGAAUUGCAAAGAAGCCCCAGUUUCUACGGCUUUAGAAGAAGGCCUCUUGGUGAAGCCACCACCCCCAACAACAUGGACCCCGUAGACAGAUACGCCACUACGCCGACCACCAGGGUCAUCCGGUGGUCCUCGAGCAAUACGUCGCGCCCGACUGGGAGCCCGAUCCCAGCCAUCUGGGAAGGGCCCGACUUCAUACUUUUCAACCGCUUCUUCCCCAGCACUCGGAAACAUGAGAAGGAGGACGAAUUGUAUCCAGAAGCUUUCGACAUGUCAAUCAAGCGUCUGAAACAUCAGAUCGAUGUGGGCCAGAAAGUAAUGCUUGAUAUUUUCUUAGAAGCUUCUGGAGCGUCUGAGGACGAUAUCCGCCAACAGUUAGAGGACGAACUCGGGGCUGUAGGGGGAGUGUCUCUUGAUCCCACCUUCGACAUUGCUCGUCAAGCCGAUCUUCUCAUCGUCACCAAUGCCCCCGAGGGAGCCGAGUCCGACCUGCAGUACCUUGUCCAUUCGCCCUUUCUCAGCCACCUGAGCAGCACCGCCAAGCCAGCGCUGCUCGAAAGCACCGCACGUCUUUUCACUGCGGCGCUGCUUUCCCACCUGCCAGCUCCAAAAACACUGAACCUGGCAUUCUCCAUCCCGGAAUCCCACGCCUGGCCGGCCAUCCGCCCUGCCUACCACCACGCUCUCGACCAGCAAGAACGACGGCGCCCUCCACACCUUCUCCGCAACCCUCGACGGAUCCCCCGCCCGGCACCGUUUAGUAUUACUCAUCAUGGCAUCCAUCAUGUGACGAGGUGUCGGACAAACCACUCUCGGAGUCCUCGUCUCUCUCUGUCUCGCUUUCGUGCCCGAGAGGAGAAGACCGACCCAUUUCCAACCAUCUACCCCCCUCGACUAACCAGUGUCAACAUGGCGUUUCGCAGCACGCCAGAAGAAAUGGACAGCCUUCAGCUCUCCGACAACGAGUCUGACGACCUCUGGAAUUCGCCGUCCCAACGCACGCGCCGGGAGAUCUUCUCGAAACCUGCGAACGAAACCAGCACUACUCCCCCGCCCCGAUCCUCUCACGAUGGAGAGACACUUUUUGGCCGGGAAGAGGCACGGGAGGCUGCAUUGCGAAAUGAGCUACAAAGUGUCCGAAACAUCAACCAAGUGAUUGAGGGCUUGCUUGGCAGCCUUGAUCGUGCCAAGGGAAAUAUGGAUACUGUUUCUCGUACCGUUGACUCUGCAUCUACCCUACUGAACACCUGGACUCGCAUCCUAGCGCAAACCGAGCACAACCAGCGUUUGAUCCUCAACCCGAACUGGCAAGGCGCUGUCCAGGAUGUCGCCGACAUGGAAAAUGAGGAAACUCUCCGACAGCAAGCAGCCGAGCGACGCGAACGGGAACUGCAACAGCAGCGAGAGGCCGCUACCCGUCGGGCAGAGGAGGAAAGGAAAAGAGCGCAGUCGACGACCACUAGAGGGACGCGGGGAACAACUCGGGGAAGGGUACGGACAGGCGGCUUGGGGAGAACACCUAGCGUUUCCUACUCUGGCACCAGCUCCAGUAAUGUGUCGAGGACUACGUCAUCCGCUGCGAAGGGAUCCAGCAUGACCUCUACGCGGCGGCCAGUCAGUGGGAUUGCCAGAGGACCGGGAGUGGCGCGCGGUCGCGGUCGAGCCUAG